AUGGCUUCCAGUUCGCUCGAUGUCAAAAUGGCAGAAGCUCAGGAAGUUUUGCCGACUCCCGAGACUAAGGGAGUUGAGGGGAAGAAUGGUGCCUUCACAAGAGACAACGAUGUAGAGCAGGGUGUGAAAUACGAGCCCGAGGAAGGAGUUACCGCGCUGGUGGAAACGGCAACUGACCUUGUCACUAAAGUCAUCCACGUCGAAGAUGACCCGAAUAUGACUGUGGUGACCUUUCGCGUGGUUUUUCUUGGUCUUGGGCUUUCCAUCUUCGGCUCUGUCCUUCAGGAAAUCUUCUACUUCAAACCGCAGACCAUCUUUGUCUCUUUGAUUUUCUUGACUGUUUGGGCUUACAUCCUUGGUGAUUUAAUGGCGGUUCUAAUCCCGACGGAGAUCAACUGGGAAAUUGGUGGCCUCCGCAUUACUGAUGGUGGUUUCCUUCGUUUUUUGAAUCCAGGUCCCUUUAACUCCAAGGAGCACGCAGCAAUCACAAUCAUGGCAUCAGCAGCGUCGCAGUCUGCGUUAGCUACUGAGGCGCUCGCCGCUCAAUACCUCUUCUACGGAGGCUACCCGAGUAAAGCAGCCGGCAUAUUCAUUGUCCUGACAUCUCAGCUUAUUGGCUUCGGCGUUGCUGGGCUAUUGCGCGACGUCAUCGUAUACCCCACGAACAUGAUCUGGCCGAUGACGAUCCCGGUUUCUAGUUUGCUUGAAACAAUCCACAGAGACCGAAAGGAGACCAAGCGAAAGAUGCGAGUCUGGUAUGCUGUUUUCCUGGCUAUUUUCGUCUGGGAGAUCUUUCCCGAAUACAUUUUCACUACCUUAAUUGGCAUUUCAAUUUUCUGUCUUGCCGAUCAGCAUAACCUAUUCUUCACCAAUUUCUUUGGCGGAGCUACAGGAAAUGAAGGCCUAGGAGUGCUAAACAUCUCGUUUGACUGGAACUAUAUUGCACCCUUCUUCAAUCCGCUUUGGUAUCCGCUUCAAAGUACUGUGAAUACAUUGAUUGGAAUCGUUGGUUGCUACGCACUUUUCAUAGGACUAUAUUACGGCAACAUUUGGGAGGCCAAGAGCUUGCCUUUUCUCUCUCAGGAACUCUUCAAUCUCACGGAUGCAAACUCGACGACCUACAAUGUCUACAAUCAGUCUCUCAUAUUAAAUGACAAGUUCGAGAUCGAAUAUGAAAAGCUUGAUGCCCAGGGUAUCCCCUAUCUGACAGCAACCUACGUAGCCUACCUCAUCACCACAAACAUGGGCAUGACGGCUACACUUGUAUACAUGCUUUUGUGGAACUGGCACGACCUGAAGGCUGCAUGGAGCUGGGCAUCCCCGUCAAUCCUUCAAAAGGUCUUUAGUACUCAGGGGCUUUUGUUCUGGAGAAACCAGGAAACUCCUGAGGAGAGGCUACGAAGAAAGGAGAAUGACCCAACUCUAGACCCCCACUACAAGCUGAUCCUGAGGAAUAAGUACAUAGAAGUACCCCUGUGGUGGUGGACUGCCGUCCUUGCCGUCUGCUGGGCUGUUGGUCUUGGCUGUCUUUACGCAUUAGAGUCCACUUUGCCUUGGUGGGGAUUUAUACUUGCCACAUUGUUUACUUUUGUGUUCACUCUCUUCUUUGGUGCCCAAUAUGGAAUGACAGGCUUCCAAUUCAAUUUGCAACCUAUUUUUCAGAUGCUUGCUGGAUACAUGUUCCCUGGUCGUCCACUCGCUAACUUCUACUUCACUUGCUUCACGUACAAUGCAACUAACCAGGCUCAGCUCUUAGCCAAGGAUUUGAGAUUAGCUCAAUACUCGCAUUUGCCGCCGCGCAUAACCUUCGUGAUCCAGAUCGCUGGUUGUGUGGUAGGAGCGCUCAUGAACUGGGUUAUGAUGGAGACCAUUGUGUCCGCGCAGGCUCCCAUCUUGGAGUCUAUUCAGGGUACUAGUAUUUGGUCCGGACAAAACAUCCAAAUCUUCAAUACCUUAGCUAUAGCAUGGAGCAUAGCGCCCAAAAUGUUCAGUAUCGGCGCGCGUUAUGAGUGGGUCACAGUCGUGUUCCUGUUGGGAUUCCUCGUCCCUAUUCCAGCGUACAUUAUGUACAAAGUGACUGGCAACAGGCUCUGGGGCUACCUUAAUCCGUCAAUUAUUCUCUGGUUCAUGGGCAAUCUCUACGUUGGUAUCAACAGUGGUUUCACCACCUUCUUCAUCAUCGCGUUUGUCUUCCAGUGGUAUAUUCGAAAAUUCUACCCCAGGUUCUUCGUCGAAUGGAAUUAUCUUAUCUCUGCGGCAAUGGACGGUGGCACCCAGAUUAUGAUCUUUAUCCUCACAUUCGCUGUCGCAGGAGGCAGCGGCACCGCUCAUCCAUUCCCUACCUGGGCAGGAAACCCUGAUCUGUCGAAGCAUAAUACUGACUACUGCAUGGUUAAUCCAGCAAACCAGUAA